CCGCUGCUGCUGUUGCUGUUGCUGUAUGGUUUGGCUGCAGCUAAGUCUGGAGGGGAGGGCUAAUCUUUAGUGCUGGUCAGUCUGGGAUUGCUCUCUCUCUCGUCCAGUGCUGUGUAUGGCAUUAAAGGGAUAACAAGCACCCGAUGGACAUCUUAACAGGGAUGGUUCUUAUGUGAGUUGUGUGUGAUCUGUGUUUUUACUUCUGGAGGGAGACAUGCAACUGUUCACUGGUUAAUGUUCUAUUCUCUGAUUUGAAGGAGCUCUGUUUCAGAGACUUUCCUGUCGAGGACCACCGCGAACGAUGAGCUCCGCUGUCCCGUGUGAGCGAGGGGACCGCUGCCACUGCCACCUUUGCUCCCGGCCCGAGUGAACUUCUCAAGAGGGGUCACGACCUUUGACCUUUGAGCCUUCACCCCACCCCUUUGCGGGACCUGCGCAGCCCAGGAGAGGCUAAUGGCCAGCGUGGUGGUUUGACCCUGCUGUGUGUGAAUCUGCGGGAGGUUUGAGCCCAGUGUGAUCUGCAGACAUGAGUGCGGUGCAGCCCGUAGAGAGAAGCUCGUCCGAGGGCCUGAGGGGCCACUCAGAGGGCACCCAGCGUGACCUGACUCUCACCUUCCGGGACGGGGACCAGAACGGGAACGCCUUUGCAGACUCUUCCUCCUCUUCGUCCUCCUCUUCCUCCCCGUCGAGCCGGGGUGAGUCGUCCCCGGAGUCCGUGCGCAGCUCCUGCAGCCUGAGCAGCGGGCGCUCCAGCAGCCCCCUGGACGUGGACAUGCAGGAAUGCCCACAGAAGCUCCUCACGGGCACCACGGGCAUCAACGGCACCAGCGGCACCAACGGCCACGUUGAGAGCACCAGCUGCCAUAUCGAGGGCACCAAAGAGACGUCAGUGUUGGCGCCGGACAGUAUGCUGCAGCAGCCACCGCAGCAUGACUGCUCCGAGUCCAACGACAACUCCGUCUCUGUCUACCUGGAUGCCCGUGAGAAUGACGACGACACCACCUGGAACAACAAUGAGAAUCUCGCGCUGGUGUUCAUUCAAGACGACACCAGCGGCGACCGCGGCGAUAUCCACGGAGAUCACUAUGGGAACCUGAAUGGCAGUAGGAGACGGUACUCGGAGGAUUCUCCAGCUCCUCUGUGCUCCUCAGAGAAUGAUGACAUUGAUGAUGAUGAUGAUGAUGAUGAUAACGAUCAGGAGGAUUCGUUCUUGUCGAUGAGCUCAGGAGACAUGGUCAUGAGGAGCAACAGCAUCAGCUUGGAUGGCUCAGAACGAGCCCUCAGCAGCAUCUCCGUCCUGGCCGACUCGUCCACCUCCUCCUCCUCCUCUGACCAGGAGCCCCUGCCCUUGAACUCUCCCCUGCCCGGAAAGGAGGCCCAGGACCAGGGAUCACCUAGCCUCGUUGCCCCUGGUGGUCCUGAAGAUCCAGAGGUUGCAGAGGUUGCAGAUCAAGCCCUGGCAGAGGAAGUAGGUCCAGCAUUUGCAGUGGAUGAAGGUGUAGCCCUGGCAGAGGAUGUAGGUCUAGCAUUUGCAGUGGAUGAAGGUGUAGCCGUGGCAGAGGAUGUAGAUCCAGCAGAGGUUGCAGCCCUGGCAGAAGAUGUAGGUCCAGCAUUUGCAGUGGGCGAAGGUUUAACCCUGACAGAGGUUGUAGGUCCAGUGGAUGAAGGUGUAGCCCUGGCAGAGGAUGUAGGUCCAGUGGAUGAAGGUGUAGCCCUGGCAGAGGAUGUAGGUGCAGUGGAUGAAGGUGUAGCCCUGGCAGAGGAUGUAGGUGCAGUGGAUGAAGGUGUAGCCCUGGCAGAGGAACCACAGCAGGAGGAGGAGCCAGUGGAUGUUGCUGCUGAGAUCAUCACAGUGGGUGUUCUGCUAAAGCAGCAGCAGGAAGAAGGGGAGGUCCAGGAAGGGACAGCCAAACUCACCGCUGCUUCUGUGACGGAUGAUGUGAAGGUGGAGGCCCCCACUUUGCAGGAGAAAGACCCCCUGAGGGUCCGCACCUCCGCCCCAGUUGGUGGUGUAGCUUCCGCUGCUGCUGUCCGUAAGGCCAAGGAGCCACCCGCAGCUGCAAACAGGGGCAACCACGCCACCAGUGCCACCAGGCCACUGAGACCAGCUAAACCCGGUAAGAACGACGUCAAGACGUUCCCCAUGCCAGACUUAAAGAACGUGAAGUCCAAGAUCAUGUCCCGACCUCCGUCGGCGGUGACGAGGGUGGCCAGAGGUGACCUGUCGGCUCAAGGGAGGAACACCGGCCCGUCUCCCACGGGCGGCGAGAAGAGGACUGCGGCCGCCUCGCCCAGACCUGUCCAGGGCAGACAGGACGGGCAAGGCCGCGCUGACGCAAGGCGGAGGUCCUCCUCCUGCCAGUCUAGAGUGUCUGCGCCCAAACCAGCUGUGCCACAUGUGCCUCGAAUGGCGCCACCGUCUCGGCCUCGGAGGAAGGCCUUGCUGCUGAACAGCGCCCCGCGCAGCUCAGUGGGCAUCUUUUGUGGCGGCCCCGAGGAAGCGGGCCGGGUGGAGGAGUCCGUGCCUGAUGAGGAGGAGCGGGUGGAGAAGAGGGCAGGGGGAGAUGGAGAGGCGGCUAGUCCAGAUAUCACCGACGGCCCUGAGACCGCGGCAGAUCCAGCGGUGAAGGAGCAGUCAGCUGAACCGCCGGAGGAUGGAGAUCAGACCGUCUCCUCCAAGCUGGGACCCAAGACCGGACUACCCACCGCCGUUGCCUCAGUCACCACCGCCGCCGCUGCCGCUGCCACCGCCAGGGCGGGUGCCUCCGCUGCCACCUCUGCCUCUGGGACGGUGCCAGCGCCAACCUCCCUGGCAGUGGGCGCCGCUCCGGGGACCUCGGCCGCCUCCCGGGCCAAAGCCGGAGCUGGACCGUCGGCCACCUCUGGCCGGGACGCCCGCGCUGGAGUAGGGAACGGGUCCCCGCCGAGGGGCCGGCAAAUCCAGCCAGCGGGCAUUCCAAAGAUGCGGUUACCCGAGCGGAGCCUCGCCGCCGCGCAGGCCGCCCCUCCUGCUGCCUCAAAGGCUUCCCAGAAUGCCCCUGGUGCCGGAAGCACCCGCCUCCCCAGCUCCUCCAAGCUGCCCGUCAAGGGCCUGUCCACCAGCCUCAGCUCCUCGUCGCUAGGGAGCGCCGCCAGCGAGAACUACCCCACCACCACAGCAAGAGGUCCAAACUCUGCUCCUGGAGCCAAGGCCACGAGUCCCGAUGAGAAGCCCAGUCGCCCUGCACCUUUAGUGGGCCCACAGGUCCCCAACAAGCCCCUGGCCACCAAACUAGCAGGCAUGAGGAACAGGACCACCUCCAUUCCUGGCAAAAGCUCUAUCACAGGGCUGAAGACGCCGGCGCUGUCCAAGCAGCCCCACAGCCCCCUGCAGAGGAGCGCCUCCACUCGCCUCAACCGGGCCAACGCCGCCGCCACCGUGGACAAGAACAAGCCCAGGCAGGCGGCGUCAUCUCCAGCCCCGGCGCCCGUGUCCUCUCCAGCGUCUCCCCCGGCGCCAGUGGCCUCCGCCCGGGCAGCAGGGACCCAUGCCAGCGUGCCGCCGCAGCCCCCAGCGCCCCCCGCGGAGAAGCCCCUGGGCAUCGCCCACUACAGGCAGCAGUGCGAGAGGAAGAGCCAGUGCAUCCAGCAGCUCCGCAAGCUCCUGCUGUCCGGCAACCGGCGCCUGGAGGCUCUCGCCCUGGUGGUCCAGCACGUCUUCGCCGAGCGCGAGGAAUUCUUGAAGCAGAAGAAAGACCUCACAGGGGAACUGAGUAGCAUCAAACAGGAACUUGCCGGCUCGGUGUCGUGCUGCGAGCGCCUGGAGAAGGAGAAGGAGGAGGCGCAGCUGACGUUUGAGGAGACGCUGCAGAAGCUGCGGGAGGAGCACCAGGAGGAGCUCGUGCAGCUGGAGGAGCGACUCCGGACCUUCUACUCGGCAGAAUGGGACAAGACCCACCAGGCCUACCAGGAGGAGGCCGACAAGUGCCGCGCUCUCAUGCAGCAACAGGUGGAGGAUGUUCGGUCCAAACAAGAGGCUCUUCGGCAGGAGCAGGAAGCCCUCCAUGCCCAACAGAUGGAGACUCUCAGACAGCAGAAUGAAGCAACCCUGCAGGAGCUUCAGAAGACUCAUGAGCAAAACAUGAAUGCCUUGGACAAGACUCUCAAGGACUCGGAGGCAUCUCUCUCUCGACAAAUUGAGGAGCUAGCAGUGGAAAACAACGAGCUUAAGACGAAACUCCAGGCUGAGGAGGAAAGGAGGAGGAUACUGUCUGAGAAGAGCCAGAAGGAUGCCCACACGCUGUACCUGGAGCAGGAGCUGGAGAGUCUGAAGGUCGUCCUGGAGAUGAAGACUCAGCAGCUUCAUCAGCAGGACAAGAAGCUCAUGCAGAUGGAUAAGACGGUGGAGACAAACGCCAAGCUGGAGGAAUGCCUUAUCAAGGUGCAGCAGGAGAACGAGGACUACAGAGCCAGGAUGGACAAACACCAAGCGCUGUCCAGGCAGCUCUCCAGCGAGCAGGCCAUGCUGCAGCAGACCUUGCAGAAGGAGUCCAAGGUCAACAAGCGUCUGUCCAUGGAGAACGAGGAGCUGCUGUGGAAGCUGCACAACGGCGACCUGAGCAGUCCGCGCCGCCUCUCGCCCACCUCGCCCUUCCACUCGCCCCGCAACUCCGCCUCCUUCCCCACAGCCCCCCUCUCCCCGAGAUAACCCCACAAAAACCCCCCGGACUCCAACACCCCACUCCCCACUCCCCACUCCCCAAACCCCAAACCCCAGCCCUGGACGCCCAACGCCUCCAAAGACUCAGCAACCUCACCCGGACACCUUACGCCCAUGUAUUCCUUAAAACUCUCCCAUCCAAAGCUAUCCCAAAAAGCAAACCCCCGGACGGACUUCCUUUUUAUUACGUGAAGCCGUUCACAUCUCUGCUCAUUGUACAUUUUUCUUGUAGACUUUUAAGACUCUAUAAAGAGUUGAUCCCAAAUAAAGGGUGGGAGAGAGCCAGAGACAAUGUCGCACGGAUGCACUUAGGGAGCCAGGGACUGCCCAUCCCCACGCUCUCCUGCCUUUUUCUCCGACUGAACGAGAGGAGAGGAGGAGCAAAAAGAAGAAGAAGAAGAAGAAGAAGAAGAGAGGAUGGUGAACCUCAGGGCUUGUAUAUAGUGUCUUGUCUGUUUGAGCUUGGAACUCAAGUUUUAUUUUUGAAAUUAGAUUUUUCAUUUCAGCAGGUUUUGUGUACUGUGUCUAAGCAGUGGGGAUGAGCCUGCUAAUUAGUAAUGUGUGCUUAGAGCACUACAGCGGAAUAAUGCAAAAGUAAUUCAAACCUGUAAUCAGUUUUGUGUUUGGAAAAUCCUUUUUUUUAUUUUUCAAGAUGAGUUACUAACUGUGUUCUGCCCUACAGGAGAUAGACUUUUGAAUCCCUCAGAUACACAAAAAAUAAAAAAGGAAUUGUGAGGAGUGAGAUAAGUAAAGUUGUACCCAAUCCAACAUCUCUACCUUGUAAUCAGACUGUAGAAUGUACUUCCCUGGAUAUUUUGAUUUCUUUCCAGAAUGUUCUUUAUCCAUAACACUGUGUUAAGGGAAUACAUCCAUUUUCCUCACCCAGA